AUGGAUAGCAGGGUCUCGGGCACAGCCAGUAAUGGAGAGACAAAACCAGCGUUCCCAGUCAUGGAAAAGGCGGAAGAAGAUGGCACACUGGAACGGGAGCACUGGAACAACAAGAUGGAGUUUGUGCUGUCUGUGGCCGGGGAGAUCAUCGGCCUGGGCAACGUCUGGAGGUUUCCCUAUCUCUGCUACAAAAACGGGGGAGGUGCUUUUUUCAUCCCCUACCUCAUCUUCCUCUUCACCUGUGGCAUUCCCGUCUUCCUCCUGGAGACAGCACUGGGUCAGUACACCAGCCAGGGGGGCGUCACAGCCUGGAGGAAAAUCUGCCCCAUCUUUGAGGGCAUCGGCUAUGCCUCCCAGGUCAUCGUCAUUCUCCUCAACAUAUACUACAUCAUUGUCCUGGCCUGGGCGCUCUUCUACCUCCUCAGCAGCUUCACCAUCGACCUUCCAUGGGGGAGCUGCCGCCACGACUGGAAUACAGAACACUGUGUGGAGUUCCAGAGGACCAAUGGCUCCUUGAACGUGACGUCAGAGAAUGCCACCUCGCCUGUCAUUGAGUUCUGGGAGAGGCGGGUCCUGAAGAUCUCUGCGGGUAUCCAGCACCUGGGGAGCCUGCGCUGGGAGCUGGUGCUAUGCCUCCUGCUGGCCUGGAUUCUCUGCUACUUCUGCAUCUGGAAGGGGGUCAAGUCCACGGGCAAGGUGGUUUACUUCACGGCCACGUUUCCUUACCUCAUGCUAGUGGUCCUGUUGAUCCGGGGGGUGACGUUGCCCGGGGCAGCCCAAGGAAUCCAGUUUUACCUGUACCCCAACCUCACGCGCCUGUGGGACCCCCAGGUGUGGAUGGACGCGGGCACCCAGAUCUUCUUCUCCUUUGCCAUCUGUCUCGGGUGCCUCACGGCCCUGGGCAGCUACAACAAGUACCACAACAACUGCUACAGGGACUGCAUGGCCCUCUGCUUCCUCAACAGCGGCACCAGCUUUGUGGCCGGCUUUGCCAUCUUCUCCAUCCUGGGCUUCAUGUCUCGGGAGCAGGGGGUGCCCAUCUCUGAGGUGGCCGAGUCAGGCCCUGGCCUGGCUUUCAUCGCCUACCCCCGGGCCGUGGUGAUGCUGCCCUUCUCUCCGUUCUGGGCCUGCUGCUUCUUCUUCAUGGUCGUCCUCCUGGGACUGGACAGUCAGUUUGUGUGUGUCGAGAGUCUGGUGACGGCGCUGGUGGACAUGUAUCCCCGCGUGUUCCGCAAGAAGAACCGGCGGGAGCUGCUCAUCCUGGGCGUGUCGGUCGUCUCCUUCCUCCUGGGGCUCAUCAUGCUCACAGAGGGCGGCAUGUAUGUGUUCCAGCUCUUUGACUACUACGCAGCCAGUGGCAUGUGCCUCCUGUUCGUGGCCAUCUUCGAGUCCCUCUGUGUGGCCUGGGUCUACGGAGCUGGGCGCUUCUAUGACAAUAUUGAAGAUAUGAUCGGAUACCGGCCGUGGCCUCUUAUCAAAUAUUGUUGGCUCUUCCUCACACCAGCUGUGUGCACAGCCACCUUCCUCUUCUCCCUGAUCAAAUACACCCCCCUGACCUAUAACAAGAAGUACACGUACCCCUGGUGGGGUGAUGCCCUGGGCUGGCUCCUGGCUCUCUCCUCCAUGGUCUGCAUCCCGGCCUGGAGCGCCUACAAACUCAGCACCCUCAAGGGCCCCUUCCGAGAGAGACUGCGCCAGCUCGUGUGCCCAGCAGAGGAUCUGCCACAGCGGGAGCUGAGCCCCGGAGCGGAGCCCUGCGCGCCCGUCUCACCCAGGAGCUCCCUCCUCCGACUCACCGAGCUGGAGUCACACUGCUAG